CUGACGGUAUGCCACUCGCUGGUUUAAAGGGGUGUUUAUUUCAGCUUGAUCUGGCAUUCCCUCGCAAACCCAGCGCAAGCCUUAUAGAUUGGGCUCCGAUGUCGAGGGGAAGAUUGAAGGCUUGACUCCAUCAUACACUGAAAAGGACUCACUGUUAAUAUUGUUGGUAGAGAGCAGUAUUACAAGAAGAUUCAAAUACGUGCAAUAAGUAACCCCGGGCCAUGGGUUUGACGCCUGUGCUGUAAAGCGAUUUCAGUGAUUUGUAUCGAAAUACAUAAAAUAUGUUUGAAUUGCUGAAACCGUGCAAAGAUUGAGAACAAUUUAGUCCUGAAUUGUUGAGCUAUGGCGUGAAAUUCUAUUUCACCGUUUCAGUUGUCAGCAUUUUUUGGGGCGUGGCAAAAACCUAGCCCAAGGACACACUUGGGCUUUUUGAGUCACUAUAUAAGUAUGGAGCGCUGUCAUUCCAUCAGUGUCUUUCCGGCACUUGCUCGCUCACUGGUUCCCCUCGCCCGGUAACCCGAGGGCCCCGGACCGGCGUCGGCCGAUAAGCCUCCCUCGGUUUUGUGUUGUGUGUGGGUCCACAUAACAGCACAACAACAACACAGCGGGCCUGUGGCUCUCACUGCAGACAUUUGAGCACAUACUAUAACAUUUGUAUUUGAGUGAAAGCUGAAGUUCAGUGUUUUCAGCACAUUCAGUGGACACGCCCACAAAGUUUUUCAAGAUUUUGGAGCCUCAUUUUAUAUACUUAGCAAAAACAUUUACUCAUUUAAAUUUACAAAAUUGGUUUGUCAAUUGUAUGAGACAUUGUUAUUUUCACAAAAAAAAAAAACCAAGGAAUUAUAGUUGCAGUGUCCAAAUGUUACUGAUGUUGUGUGCAGAUUUCCUGCUCCGCCAUUAGUUCUAAGCUAUUCAACAGCUUAUUAUAUUAUUUUAUCAUUUGCAGGGGUCACGUCUGCGGCCUCCUGCUUUGCUUCCUGUUGAGACACACGCACGCACACACGUUAUGUCCCUCUGUCACCUUAUCCCAACCCCUCCCAGACAGACACAAGAGAGGAGGUGCAACGCAGACAGACACGCAAAAAGGACAUAGGAGUGAACAGCAAUCAAGGUGAAGGAGACCGUUUGUGAGAAGGUGAUUUGAAGAGACAGACUUGGGAAUGAUUCAACUCAGGAAGAGGAGAUAAGAGGGGGCAAAAAAAAAAAAAGGUUGUUCUCUUUUUGGAUUUGCAACUGUGAGAUAGAGGUAAGCAAGAAUAAGGAUUAUCAGAUUUAACGCCAAGCGAGAUGUGCUCAUGUGAUUAAGGGGAGCUCUGUGAGAAUGACAGCGAGGAGACUCAUCGGUUCAUUUCAAAGACUGCCUUUGAACGACACAAGCCAGCGAUCAGGUUCUCUGUAGCGCACCAUCCUGAGACCGUUCAUGAUGGUGGACCUGUUCGUUGAUCGGGUCCUGGUGAAGAACAACAGGGACCAGGACGAGCUGGACACUGAACAUGAGAUUGCCAUUCGCCUGCAGAACCGCAUCCUGAUGCUCUUCUUUGCUUCUGCUGCAUGCGACAGAUGUCAGGAGUUUGCACCCAAACUCGGCGACUUCUUCACACGCUUGACGGAUGAGUUCUAUGUGGAUCGCUCUGCCCAGCUGGUCCUCCUGUACAUCAGUUUGGACAAAUCUGAGGGACAUCAGAACGACUUCCUCCAAGAGCUGCCCAAACAGUGCCUGUUCCUCACCUAUGAGGACCCCUACCGGAGACAGCUGGAGGACAAGUUUAACGUCAAGGAGCUUCCCACUGUGGUGGUCCUGCGUCCCGACUGCUCUGUCCUCAUCCCGAACGCAGUGGAUGAGAUCCUACGCCUCGGUCCGGACUGCUACCGCAACUGGCGAGAAGCGGCAGAGCUAAUUGACAGGAACUUCAUGAUCACUGAGGACUUUCAGGGGAAGUCCAUGCGCAGCUUCACUGACCCCCUGAGAAGACUCAAGUACAAGGUGGAGGAUGAGAAGAAAAGGAACAAAAAAAAGAGAGGCUGGGGUGCAGGUGGAGAUGAUGCAGAGGCGGAUGGAAAAGGAGUUGGGUCGCCAUGGUGACAAGGAAAGUACCAACAAAAUAUUGACUGAGAUGGUUUCUGCAAAGAUGCCACAUUGACCUCUCCAAAGGAGUGGAUUUGUCACAUUGGGUUGACUGAAGGUCUUUAAGUAGGAUUAUAGCAAAAAAGAAAUAAUGACUGUAUCAUUCAACAAUUCUGCCCUGCGAUUGGCUGGCAACCAGUUCAGGGCGUGCCCCGCCUCCUGGCCGAUGAUCGCUGGGAUAGGCUCCAGCACGCCCGCGACCCUAGUGAGGAGAAGCGGCUCAGAAAAUGGAUGGAUGGAAUGGAUGGAUUCUAGAAUUCUUUUCUUCAAUUCUUUAUUUCAGCCAGCGAUCAUCCAUAGAUCAGAUGAGGUCUUUUGGGAGACACUUAGGUCAAGACCAAGUUGACAUUUUGGGCUAUAACUUUUCUGAAUGCAUUGAUGCAUUAUUCUAAUGCAAAUCGACACGAAACUGUGUCAGUAGAGAUAAAAUUGCACUGAAUUGUUUCAAUUGGUGAAACCGAUUGUUUUAUGUGUACUGUAAUAAAAAAUAAACACAUUCUGGCUGUAUUGCUUGUA